GGAAGAUCGCCCUUUUUCGGCCCAGCCGGAUGGGAACCGCGGAAGGAGUCUUCCGAAAGGAGAAGAGCCCGGAGAAGGCGGCGCCGGGCGGUGCGGAUCCGCCGGGAAACGCGCCGUCGCCUCCGACGGAACCCGAAAGCGCGGUCUGGACGGCGCAUGCGCCGGGGCCGGGCGAAAACCGGUCGGCCGACUUUUUCACGGGAGCGAGAGGCCGGGAAGGCCAGUCUGGCCGGAGUCGCCGGUCGAGAGGAUCGUCAUGCCCAAAGUGUUCCUGGUCCGCAAGUUCCGACCCCACUGCCGACCGGGUCCAGCCGGCACCGUCACGCCUCCGCCCAGUCCCGAGAGGGGCUCCGUCUCGGCCGGGUCCGAACCCGAGGUCGAUCCGGCCACCGAGGAAUCGCCCGGGCGCCAGAGGUGGACGGAAACCUGGCAACGAGAAUCGGCCGCCGACGGAGGUCAGACGCCUCCCGUUUCGCCCCGUCGACCCUCCGUCAGUCCCGGACGCCAAGAAGACCUCCGAUUCCGGCCGGGACCGGAGGGCGCUCUUUCCCCCGACGGUCUCCCGCUCUACCCUUCUCUACGCGUCGGAGUGACGCUCCUGCAGCAGAGGUUGGCCCUGCCGGCGGACGUUCCUCUGGAGUUCGUCAACGGCGGACACGGCAUCAAAAAUCCCUUCCUGCGCAAGGAGAGGGGUGGUCUUCUCGCCGGGACGACCGCUCCCCGCCCUUCCGAUUCCGACAGACCCAGCUGCGGAAUCUGCGGCAAGACUUUCGGACUGCAGAGGCUGCUCAACAGGCACGUCAAGUGUCACAGCGACGUCAAGCGCUACCUGUGCACCUUCUGCGGCAAGGGCUUCAACGACACCUUCGACCUCAAGCGUCACACCAGAACGCACACGGGAGUGCGUCCCUACAAGUGCGGCACGUGCGACAAGUCCUUCACCCAACGAUGCUCGCUGGAAUCCCACAGGCUGAAGGUGCACGGCAUCGGGCACCAGUACGCCUACAAGGAGAGGAGGACCAAGAUGUACGUGUGCGAAGAGUGCGGCCACACCAGCGACGAGCCCGAGGUCCACUACCUGCACCUGAAGCGUCGCCACCCCUACAGCCCGGCACUGCUCAAGUUCUACGACAAGCGACACUUCAAGUUCCGCGACGGAGCCUUUCCGAUGGGAUUCUCGCGGCCCGUCAGCUGAAUCCGACGCCCGGGGGGCGGAGGGAGAGGUUCCGUUUCCGGUUUUCCGCUCGGGCCCGCCCCCCUGUAAAUACCGGGACCCGAGUGCCGCCCGCUCUUCCCCGGAAUUUUUGUACAAAGGCAAUAAACCGAGUUUCGCCAA